GUCUGCGCUGCUUACCGCCACGACGGUCGAGAAAUAGCCGUGGCUCUUUUGAAUGCUACUAUCCUAUUCUUUGAUGCUGCCAAUGGUACUCAAUUGGGAAGCAUAGAAGGUCGUUGUGAUCUCGAUGUCGCUCAAGUCUCCAAUGAUGAUCUUGUCACUCCUCAUCGAGCUGCCAAAGAGAGAAAGUUCCUCUCCAUUGCAUACUCUGCAGACGGUCAGCACCUAUUAGCGGCUGGUGACUCUAAGUACAUUUGUCUCUACUCUGUCCCCGAUCGUCUUUUGGUGAAACGUUUUGAGCUGACGGCCAACCUUUCGUUGGAGGGAGUGCAGGAGGCCUUCGAUCGCCGCCGUUACUUAGCUGCAUUCGGCGAGGAAGCGGCUGCGGCUAGGGAAGAUCAGAGAGAUGUUAUCCCUCUACCGGGUGUUCGCUCUGGAGAUGAGCACUGCCGACGCUGGUGGAGGCCUGAUGUUCGUGUUGCUUCGGUCAACUUUGCUCCUACUGGCAAGUCAAAAUUAAAACCAUAA